AUGAAUACUAUACCGAAAGAUGCAAGAACUUUGGAGGAAAUCUUGAGGGAAGCGUCGACGGAGGAGGAAACGGUGAUACUAACGACCUUAAACCGGGCUUGGGCUGAGCCUAACUCAACGUUCGAAUUGUUUUUAGAGAGUUUUCACAUCGGACAAGGGACAAAACAGCUGCUACGCCACCUUUGUGGUGGUAUGUAUGGACGAGGAAGUUCACUCGCGGUGCUUGGAGGUCCAUCCUCGCCGCUGCUACUCACUGAAAACUGUGGGGGUUGA